ACUACUUCACUCCACAGUUUAAAAACCGAUCAUAUCAUCGCUGCUGGACGAUAACCGACACGAUGAGCUACGGGAUCCCCGAUACUCGAUACUUGCUUCGGUGCAGCGUGCGCGCCACUCGCCUCAUCGAGCCCGAGGCCGAAGACGAGUGCAUGAACGACGCCGAGCAUGACGAGGUCGAUGGCGAGGUGACGAACGACUCAGAGUAUCCCGGCGUCAGGCCUGAGACACCAGAGACGCCGACUCCCGCUUCUAGACCCCACACCAACAACUCAUCCCAGCCCGCCCCAGCCGCCACCAACAGCAACACCCCGCCCUACCCGUUUGCAGCUCCUGUCUCCCCGCCAACGCCGCAGCCAGCCAACCCCCGGCGGGUGCUGUUCCCCAACGCCCCGCAUACGGGCGACAGGUCGCGGCCGUUUGCGCCACUGCGUCGUCCUGCUCCUCCUCGGCUUCCGCCACUGUCGUGGUCUCUCGCUGCUGGUGGUAAUGGUCACGAUGGUCACGUUGAUGGUGACGGUGAAGGUGACGGUGAAGACGGACUGCCCGUCGAUGCGCAAGAGUUCUGGGACAGGGUCGGCAGGGGGCACGUGUCGAUUGACAGGUAAGCUGCAAACUCCUUUUUGUUCUUUGUUCUGCGUGUGUGGAUUGUUUGUACCCCUUUACG